AUAUUAGAUUUUGAAACUGGAAAAAUCGUGAAACAGGGCUUGAUCAGUUUAUGUUUUCUAAAAGGGUUGGAUUUUGGUUGAGUGAAAAGAAAUCCAAGAAAUUAAACUUUGCGGAAUUCCAUUCAAUAUGCAGUCAAGUUGGCAUCGAAUUGGUUCAAAUAAAUUUAGACCUAGAUCUAGAUAAGCAAGGGCCUUUUGAUCUGAUUAUACAUAAAUUGACAGAUGUUAUUGCCAAAGCUGAUCUUAACGAAACAAAAGCUUUAUUAAUUUGCCAAAAAUUUCAAACUUACUUAAACAAUCACCCCCAUACGCUCGUGAUAGACCCGUUCGACAACGUACGGUUGCUGUUGAAUCGUUUUCAACAGUACAAAUUGAUACGGAAUGCCCUUUGUCAUAUGAACGACAUAAUCGACACUCCCAAUUUCACUGUUCUGAAUAUCAAUAAAGCCAAUAAGAAACUCAAUCAAAAACUUCUCAAACGUUACAAUAUUCGAUACCCUUUCAUCUGUAAACCGUUGGAGGCCCACGGUUCCUGCCGUAGUCACGAGAUGGCCCUCGUAUUCAACUCGCGGGGCCUUUAUGAUAAUUCACCCUUACUCCCCCCUUGCUCCUUCGUCGUUCAAUCGUUCGUUAAUCACAACGCGCUCUUAUUUAAGGUGUUCGUGAUAGGGGAGCUAUAUUUUGUGGUUAAAAGACCGUCGCUCAAAAAUUUUUAUCCCGGAGAUAACGCGACUAUUUUUUUCAAAAGCAACGAUGUGUCUAGAGCCGAUGCCUGCUCGAAUUUAACGGAACUUGACGAUCUAAUCGACGGUGAUUGCUCUAACUCCAUUACAAGUUUAAACAACGAUACCUAUAAUUUCAAUAAUAAUACCUUCAACAUUAAUGGGCGAAACGUUGAUUUAGACGACAACUUGGUGCGGAGAGUAGUUCAAAUAUUUAGGGACGUUUUGCGUUUGUCACUCUUCGGAAUAGAUAUCAUAAGAGAUCACAAGACAGGCAAAUGCCAUAUAAUCGAUAUCAACGCAUUUCCUGGUUAUGACGGCGUACCCGACUUUUUCAAAGCCUUACUCAAACUAACCCUAACAAAGCUCAAUAUGAAAACCCAAAAUCCGGCUUCUUCCCACCCCUACCGAUUCCCUCAAUGCGCUUCCAGUACGAACGAUUCGCUACUGCAGCAGACAUAUCACCUUACCAAAGCUAUACAAUCCAAUCAUUAUCCCAACAACACCUAUGAUGUUAGAAAAUUCGAACCUCCUCUAGAAAUCAUCUCCCGUCACGAAGUAAAUAAUGAUACCUGCACCAAAACUUCCGAAAGAUACGAAAAAAAUAAUUCCACCACCGCGGCAAAGUUUAUUCAUUGCUACGAUGCCUCGAGGCGGAUUCAUAUAAGUCACUUGUACCAAACCCUGCUACCGGGGUCUAACGAAACAAGCAUUAUGAUCGAUUCGGACAUGAACAGGAAGAAUAGAGAUAAUCUCGAUAGUUGUGCCAGAAACCACCAUUCCAAAAAAAUAUCUUCUUUUGCUUGAUAUUUUAUUUCCUCUUUAUAAUCCAAAUAAAAAAAAUCAAAUAAUUUUUAUUUUGUAUUUCAAAUUAUUUACGUGCUCUUUUUCAUGUUUUUUUUUAUAAUUAAAAUUUUUUUAUUUCAAUAUUAUUGUAUUUUAAAAAAGAGAUUAAAUAUAUGAUUUAAAAAAAUGGUGAAUUUUAAGAUAUUCUGGCAAUUUUUAAAAAUUAUAUUAUAUAUAUUUUAAAUUGAAAAAUUAGUUGCAUUUUAUUAUAUUUUGCUUUAAUUUCUGGUCCCAAAUAUCGUGUAAUCUGUGCUGUCAUAAAAAAUUCCUGACUUCCCUGAGAAAUUCUAUAAUUAAAUAUAUCGUAAAAAAUUCUAAGAUAUAAUUAAAAAAUUCUAGAAAUAAUUGUGUUAUUUUAUAUAAUAUCUCAUUAUUAUUAUUGUUAUCUUCAUCCUUUUAUUCAAAAAUAAUCGUUUAUAAACUUUUAUAUUUAUACACAUUAGCUUGCAAAUUUGUUUAAAAUUAUAUAAAACAAAAAAGCAAAAAAAAUAAAUUAUAUAUUGAAAAAAUUUUUUUUUUCGAUAUCAUUUUGUAUUUAUAUUAUAUUAUUUUAUUAAAAAUAAUUAAUUAAAAUUGUGGAAAAAUAUUUUUUUUAAAAAUAAAAAUAUAUUAUAUAAUAAUUAUAUUAUAAACUAAUUUUUUUUAAAGGCAUUGUUAAAUAAAGAAGGAUGACUGAUCA